CCCCUCCCCGUGCAGGCGGAGCGGGCGCGGCAGGAGGCGGAGCGGGCCGCCGCACGUCCCCCGGCCGGCCGGCCGGCCCCCCCGCCAUGGGUCGGAAGCGCUGCGUGGGGGGAGACGGCUCCAAGAUGGCGGCGGGUUGCUGCGGGGUGAAGAAGCAGAAACUCUCCAGCUCCCCUCCCUCGGGCUCGGCCGGCCCGGGCGGCGGCGGCGGCGGCUCCCACUGCGGCGGGGCGGCGGCGGCGGGGGGCGAGCCGGGGGCGCUGCCCCCGCCGGGGGGCCCCCGCCUGAACGGCCUCGGGGGGCUGGCGGGGGGCGCCGCCGGCUGCGCCCUGUCCCCGCCGCUGCCGCCCAGCUGCGGCGGGGGCCCCGCCGGCCUCUCCCCGCCGUCCGCCUCGCUGCUCGCCUCCCCCGGCUCCGGCGGGCCCGGCUGCAGGAAGAUGGUGGUGUCGGCCGAGAUGUGCUGCUUCUGCUUCGAUGUGCUCUACUGUCACCUGUACGGAUACCAGCCCCCGCGGAGCCCCCGCUUCACCAACGACCCAUACCCACUGUUUGUAACGUGGAAGAUCGGUCGAGAUAAACGAUUGCGUGGAUGCAUAGGUACUUUUUCCGCCAUGAACCUGCAUUCAGGACUCAGGGAGUACACACUUACUAGUGCCCUUAAAGAUAGUCGUUUCCCCCCAAUGACGAGGGAUGAGCUGCCACGGCUUUUCUGCUCAGUGUCUCUACUCACUAACUUUGAAGAUGUAUGUGACUACCUGGAUUGGGAGGUGGGUGUACAUGGCAUUAGAAUAGAAUUCAUCAACGAGAAAGGAUCAAAGCGCACGGCCACCUACUUACCGGAGGUUGCGAAGGAGCAAGGAUGGGACCACAUUCAAACCAUAGAUUCCUUAUUGAGGAAAGGAGGCUACAAAGCUCCGAUUACUAAUGAGUUCAGGAAAACAAUAAAGCUAACCAGGUACGCACCGGGAUACCGCACCUUAGUCCUGUUUUGUAAUGCUCUGAGUGUUCAUUCCUGGUACCGCAGUGAGAAGAUGACGAUGAGCUACACAGAGUACCUUGCCCAUCGUCAGCAUCAUCACUUCCAGAAUGGUAUUGGGCACCCCCUUCCACCAUACAACCAUUAUUCCUGACACUGAGCCGCAUGACCAGUCACUGGACCUCUCUGCAGACCUCUUCCCAGGAGACCCUGCCCCUUCUUGGUCUAGCUAUCUCUAUUACUGUACCAUUUUAUGAUGAUAGUUUCCGUUGCCAUGUUGAGGCUCCUUAGUUGGUUCAGCUCAUCAUGGCAACGGGAGGGAAAACUGCGUUACUACAAAGAUCCCAUACUUUUUUAUUAUCUAUUCACUGCAGAUUUUUUUGCAGCAUAUACCCUUGGGUUUUGUAUGAAAAUUUAAAUUUCUACUUCAUUAACAUUGAAUUAUAUCAAUCAAGGCUUUCUGUGACUGUGGAUGGAAGGAAGAGUUUAAGGAUUUCAGUUAGGGAUGCUUUGCUUAGCAAAAAGGCAUUCAUGGCUUAUGCAUUAAUAGGUGUGACAGGGAAUGAAACAUAUCAGAUUCAGGUAUUAAAGGAGACAAUGAAUUGCAUUUUCAUAACAUUCUUAAUAACGUGUGUACAAUAUCUCACCCUCACAGUAAAGAUUCCACGUAGCUUUGUACAUGAUCCUCAGAUCCAGCACAUACAGCCGGAACGCCAGGGCUGACACACAGAAUGCUUUUUUUUGGAUGAAGAGAAGCGAUUACGUGUACAAUGAGAGGUGAUGUUAACGUGGCAGCAUUUUCAGAAUCAAGUGGCCUGAUUGGUAGGGCAUGAUGACAUAAUCCAGCAGGCUCCCAGAUCCCUUUGUCUCCCAUUCUGUGCUGGGAAUCACGGGCAACUCAGCCCUGUCAAGACUCGUCAUUAUAAUGCAUUUGUAAUGAGAUGAUGCCUUUCUGAUGACUCAAAUUAGGAGUGACAUUUGUUUUCUAAAAACAGAUUGACAAGUAGCAGAUGUCAUAUUAGGAAGAAAAUGGAUUUAGAUUUUAGUGCCUUUGACUAUAACAUAACUAUAUACUUAUAUAUGAAAUUCAUAGGAAACAUAUAGCAAGUACUCCAGACGUUCUAGCAAACCCUGUUGAAGCUGCUAUGGCAUCAGGGGUUUGGACAUUUUUUUUUCUUUAAAGUGAGAUUAUUUUUUUUUUAAUAGUGAACUUAUUUUGGAAAAGAGAAAUCCCAAUUUUGCUCUUUCAUCUGCACUUGAACUUGUUGAGUUUUUUCAAGUCAUGAAUAGUUCAAUCAAGUUAACUAUUGUUUAAGAAAAGAAAAAAAGACUGUUGUGAGACAGCCAGGACAAGUAUGCCAUAAUGUUACAUGUUUUCAUCUAUUGCAGGAAUAGUGCUUGAGAGCUGUAAGUACUGUGUAAUAAUUCUGAUACCCCUCCACACGGUAGAAGAAAGAAAACCGAUUGAAACUUUUUCCUGCUGUAAAAAUAGGAUUUAGUAAAAGGUAUGUGUGGUAUAUUUGCAAGCCCAGUCGAUGGCAGGAGCUCACUCCUUCCUCCUGUGCCUGCAGAACUCCCACUGCUGCCUGUUGCAGCUCAGUGCGUGUUCUAGGGGACAGCACAGGCCGUCUGUUACAGAAAAGACCUUCCUAAUAUGUGUUAGUAAACCACAGUAAGCAGAAAUUCCAGUUAUUUUGAAUAAUGAAUGUUUGUAAAUAUAUAGAGAUAUAAAAUUCAAGUAGAUGAAAUUCAUUAAAAUUCAGUUGUUAUAAAAAAAAUUGGACUAACUGUAAAGAUGUUUCAAUAGGGUUUCAAAACCAGAUAAGGAUAAAUUAUGCUCAUCCCUUAUGCGAGGUUAGCUCUGCCACUUAAUUUCUAUGGAGGUUCUUGUAGAAGGUCUCUGAUAUUCCUUCAUCCACAGCAUUUAUGUCCAAAUAUUACCAUUUUCAGUUGCGAUGCCUUAAUUUAUAAGCGGAGGGCCUGAAAUUUCAGGAGCCAAGAGAUGCCAGCCAGAAGCUGCAAAAAUUAGUAGAUGUUUAUACAGAGGCUAUUUUGGAUGAUACUGUUGUCUUGUUUCUACUUGGGGAUCCCUUUUAGAUGAAUUAGUCUUCAAGUGGAAAUGUGAACAAGUGGCUACCUGAUAGAGUUGUGUUGGUUUUUUUUCUUGCCCUUAUAGGGAACCUGAGCACAAACUGAAUCAUUCUGCUGCAAAAAAAAAAAGUCAUCCGACCCCAUCUUUAUCUGUCAUCUCGUUACAGCUCGCUCGUGCUUCUGCAUGAGCUCAUUGUUAGAAGUUUUUUAAAAAGAUCUAUUAUAUAUAAAAAUAUAUAUGUAUUGAAAGGUGCUAAUCAACCUCAAGAAGGUCACGUGACUGGUCAUGCGGAUCUAAAAUCAUAUCAGAUUUUUUAAAAAAUCUUCGAUAUAUGCAGAUGUUAUACAGAAUUUCUUACCAGUGUAAUAAUGAUAUACUGAUGAAUAAACAAUCCUGCAGGUUUUUAAGGACAAGGUCAGCAAUACUUCCCACCAUGGCUUGGGGGAGAAAAGGAUAGUUUUGUCUCCUUUUUGUAUACAGCAUAAUGCACAAUGCAUUUUUGUCUAUCUCUUAGUAGCUGUUGCUUAAAAAUAUAGUUAAAGGGUGUUAUACAAACUGUAAAGGUGUGCUUUUGAACCGAGCUCGUGCCAGACCCUUCUGGACCAGAGUUUUGUAUCACUAAUUGAAAAACUGUUACAGAGUCUGUGGUCAAUCAGAUUGUAUGAUAUUUUUCUCAAAGAUUGGAAUAAUCAGUCUACCUACAGUGUUUCUAGGGCACCUACCUCCUCAGCACACAGUGCUGAAACUGCUGCAGAUUGUUUCUGUGUAAUUGUGGGUUUCUUUGUACCAAACAUGCAGCUCACUGUGACAUGCACUGGCACAGAAUAGGUCUGUUUGCUUAAAGCUGAUCAACAAUUGCUCUCACAAAUGUCAUUCCCUUGGAGUUAUGUUUAAGUACCUCUCAGUUGUAUUGUUGGGGUUAGUUACAGAUUUGUUUUUCAUUUGGGGUACUUUAUAGAAGUUAAGGUACAACCAAAUAGCUUAUAUUUCACUGUUUGUUAAGUUGAAAUGCUGAUUUUUUUAAUGAGCACUACUCGGUUUGCCUUAUUCCAUUAAGGAGAUUGUUGGGGGCUUUUUUUCAUUCUCUUGCUUAAUGUUCCUAAAAACCCUGUUCUGUAAACUGAGAGAGACAACCAAACCGUAGACUUGACGUGAAGCUGUUACUUAGUGAUGCUUCAAGUGGCCUUCCCGCUGCCGCCGCAGCUCUGACGCACCAUCCCCGCGCUGCUGCCACGGCAGGGAGGGCACAGCCCGGUCCUGACCUCAGAGACACUCUGGAGCCGAGGGUGGCACAGCCACUGGCACACCUGGCGUUUGUAUGCGGACCUCUACUUGUCUUCAAAUGUGCGGGUUUUUAAAAUUGUUGUCUGGAGUAGGUUACAUCUCUUAUGUGUGUUAGAUCGAACCAAAGAAGCCUCCAGCCAUGCCCAAAUGCUGCUCCUAAAGCCUGCCUUCCAGUCCUUACAAAAUCCCUGCAGGAUUAAAUGUGUUAACUUUUUUAUUUUUGUACAGUUUCUAACUGAUUUUUGCUAGUGAUGUUAAUUAAGUUUAUUUGGGGAGUCUGAAUAUCUCCUCCAUUUAAAUAAACUGGUGACUUUCCUUUUAUGUUAAAAAAAAAAAAAAAGAGAAACCCAAAGUGUGCCUCUCAGAUUUAAGGGUUUCUGGUUACAUUUAUUCUUAAGACCAGCAAUGAUUCUUUAUAUACAAAGAUAUGUUUUCCUCAUUUUUUUAUUACUGUUAAAGAAAAAAAUAAAAAAGAAAAACCUCUUUCUUUGCUCUGGACCCAGUAAUUGCGCUGGUACAUAAACGCACUGAGAAAACAAACUUUUGUUUGAAACUUUUGUAACAACUUAUGACUGUUUUUGUAUAUCAAAGUUGAUUCUUUUCAAGAUAUUUGGAUCUAGUUUCUAAGUUAUUUUAGCGUUUUAUAUGUUACAAAAAAAAAAAAAAAAAGAAAUUACUUUAAAUUGUUCACCAGCAUCUUGAGUUAUCUUCAAUGCCAUGGUGACACACAGUGGGCUUAGAGCUACCUGGAGUAGCUUGUAAGGCCUCGCUCUUUUCCUUCCUUCCUUAGCAACUUGAUUGAUUACAAUAAUAUCACAGAUUACCUGAACCCCCUUCCUUUAUAACUAGAUCCUCCUUCCUUCCACAUUUAAUUGCUAUUAGUGUGAAGAAACUGUUGAAAUGGGCAUUUAAUAUAAGUACGGCUUAAAAAGAGAAAAAUGAGGAAAAAGAAAAAAAAAAUGCUAGAAGGUUAUCUGUGGGUCUGUGAGAUAUGGCUGUGGAAAGAUAUUGUAGUAGUUUUAACACUAUUGUUAUUACCUUUUAAAUCAUUUACCCAAUAAAAUAAGGAAAAAGAA